UUCAGUGGCGGCACUCGCCUCACCACAUCCAACGUCAACAUGCACCAGAAUUACAACGUCAACAACCUCAACAACGACAUCGCCGUCGUCGUCAUCCCGCACGUCAAUUACAACAAUAACAUUAGAGCCAUCAACCUCCCGAACCAGAUGAUGCAGAUGCUAAACUUCGCCGGCUACAUGGCGCAGGUGAUCGGCUACGGCGUUACAAACGACUCGGAGAACAUCACGACUGGGCAGGUGGCGCGCCGACGAAACCUUGAGGUGAUCCGCAACGAGGCGUGCGCGCAGGCGUACGGCUUCAACGUGAUCGCGUCCACCCUGUGCACCAGCGGGCAAGGCAACGUGGGCCCUUGCGGCGGUGACUCCGGCGGCCCGCUGGCGCUCAACUUCAGCGGACAGCGCGUUUUGAUCGGCGUGGUGUCGUUCCACUCGGCGAUGGGCUGCCGCGUGGGCUUCCCGGGCGGCUACGCGCGCGUUACUUCCUUCACGCCCUGGAUCCAGGCGCGCCUGUGAGCCCUUCAGCGAUACCUUGCCUAGAUUUUGUUAAUAAAAUAAUGUUAGUAAUGUGUAA